AUGUACGUCGAUGACGCUUUGGUUGGCUCGCAUUCUGUUUCAGAGCGGCUAGAGGCAAGGGAUGAGUUAGUGGCCAUCCUUAAAUCGGCGGGUUUUGAUCUGAGAAAAUGGGCAGCUAACCAGAAAGAGCUGUUAGAUGGACUUCCUCGGGAUCAUUUGCUGCGGGAAUACUUUCUCGAUUUUGAUGACAAAAGUUCCGCCAAGACAUUGGGCAUUCGGUGGAAUGCAUCAUUUGAUUCCUUCUAUUUUGUUUCUGAGGAGAUUCAAGAAAGAGUUAAAUUCAGCAAAAGAGAAGUUUUUUCCGUGAUUGCCAGGAUUUUUGAUCCUUUGGGUUGGCUUUCACCGGUGGUUGUCACUGCCAAGAUUAUUAUGCAACGACUCUGGCUCGAUGAGAUAGGAUGGGACGAUGAACUUAAGCCGUUAACACUUUUAAAAUGGAAACAAUUCGUUUCGAAUUACCCCAGCAUUGAUAAGAUUAGUAUACCUCGUUGGAUUAAAUAUUCUCCGAAGUGUGAAGUGCAGCUUCAUGGAUUUUGUGACUCGUCGGAGUUGGCCUAUGCGGCAGCUCUAUACAUUAGAGCAGAGAUUGGCUCAGUGGUUCAUACAAGUUUACUUGUCUCUAAGUCAAAAGUGGCACCAGUGAAGAAACUUUCACUUCCGAGACUUGAGUUGUGCGGGGCUCUUUUGUUAGCUAAGUUAGCCGAUUGUUUUCUACCGCAGUUGAAAAUUCACAGCUCUAAUGUGGUAUCUUGGACUGACUCGACAAUUGUCUUAUCUUAG